AUGUCCGGUAUUAAGAUUGAGGAGGUUAUCUCCACCACCAAACGACAGCGCGUGGCGGCCCACAGCCACGUGAAAGGGCUUGGUCUCGACGCUGAGGGCGUGGCAAAGCCGAUGGCUGAUGGCUUUGUGGGGCAGACGAAAGCACGCGAAGCAGCUGGCAUCGUUGUAGAGCUCACGCGGUCCAAGAAGAUGGCGGGUCGUGCGUUGCUCUUCGCUGGCCCACCAGGAACAGGCAAGACGGCGCUGGCACUCGGUAUUGCGAAGGAAUUGGGACCCAAGGUGCCAUUCUGCCCUAUGGUCGGCAGCGAAGUGUAUAGUGCCGAGGUGAAAAAGACGGAGGUGCUGAUGGAGAACUUCCGCCGGGCGAUUGGGCUGCGUAUCAAGGAGCAAAAGGAGGUAUACGAGGGUGAGGUCACGGAGCUGCGGGCCGAGGAGACAGAUAACCCUCUGGGGGGUUACGGCAAGUCUAUCUCCCAUGUUAUUGUGACGCUCAAGUCUGUCAAGGGAUCGAAACAGCUCAAGUUGGACGCCGCAAUCUACGAGAGCUUAGAGAAGGAGAAGGUCUCGGUUGGCGAUGUUAUUUACAUUGAGAGCAGCACCGGGGCGGUUAAGCGAGUUGGGCGUUCUGAUGCCUAUAUUGGUGAUCAUGACCUGGAAGCAGACGAGUACGUCCCCUUGCCGAAGGGUGAUGUGCAUAAGAAAAAGGAGAUCAUUCAAGACGUGACGCUUCAUGACCUUGACGCCGCUAACGCCAAACCGAACCAGGGACAGGACGCACUUUCUAUUGUAAGCAGUAUGAUGAAACACAAAAAGACGGAAAUCACAGAGAAGCUUCGGCAAGAAAUUAACAAGGUUGUGAACAAGUACAUUGACCAGGGGGUGGCGGAGUUGGUUCCUGGAGUAUUGUUCGUUGAUGAGGUGCAUAUGCUAGACAUUGAGUGUUUCACAUUCCUGAACAAGGCGCUGGAGUCGACGCUGGCUCCUGUGGUAAUAUUCGCCACAAACAGAGGAAGCUGCCGUAUCCGGGGAACGGACGUUCGGUCACCUCACGGUAUUCCCACUGAUCUUCUUGACCGUCUGCUCAUUGUGCGCACAACCAACUAUAGCAUUGAGGAGGUUGUCUCCAUUGUCGAUAUUCGUGCUCAAGUAGAGGGUGUAAAGGUUUCAGAUGCAUCGCUUGAGCUUCUUGGACAAAUUGGGGACCGCACCUCGCUUCGCUACGUGGCACAGCUAUUGACGCCUGCGCUUAUCAUUGCUGAGACGAACGGCCGAUCUGUUAUUGAGGUUGAGGAUGUGCAACUGGUUGAUGGAUUAUUUAAGGAUGCUAAAGCUUCAGCGCAGCUUCUUCACGAACACGCAGAUGACUACGUGUACCAAUAG